AACGAGAGAGGGAGAGGGUGAGAGAACGAGAAAGAGAGAGGAUACGGGAAUUAGAGAGGGAACAAGAAAGAGAGAAGGCCGCCCAGACUACCAUCUCCCCCCGCAGCCCUGCAGCUCUUCCCAUGGCAACCACCAGUUUGGCGACUCCUUCGGCGGAGAGCGCAGCACCCUCUAGCGGCGUGGAAGACUUGGGCACCACAGAAGAAGAGGACGAGGAUGUUUACCUGUCCCCAGACCCCACCACCAGUUUACUUAUGGAGACCACCACAGAAGAAGAAGAAGAAGUGACCACUACUGCCACAGAGACAGAGACCACACCCAUCCCAGAGACAACAGCUCCAAACACUACGACUGGCCCAGCCCCAACUGAGAGGUCUAGCUCCGCCCCCUUCAGGCCCAGGGUUCCUGUGACCUUGCCUACUAAAGCUGCACCCACAGAGAAGAGCACACGUCCCCAGCUACCCUCUACGACGAAUAAUGAGUUGGGGGUUAACGGACCCAGCGGAGACUUUGAGAUCCGUGAGGAGGACCAUCGCCAGGGCAACGAGGUUGUUGGGCGUGGCGUGGAGACGGGAGCGGAGCCUGAUCUGAUUGGCAACACGAUCAACACGGGAAGUUCUGCCGCUCAACUUCCUCAGAAGAACAUCCUGGAGAGGAAGGAGGUCCUGAUAG